UGUGUGUGAUGUGAAUGCAUUGCGCCACCUUAGCCAUAGCCUGUAACGUCAUGAAUUCUGCUUAGACAGAAUUUUGCAGGAAUUCCAUUCUAGAACACGCAAAGUAGAAUUUUAAGAAAAAUUCACUUUUUUCUGUUCAGUUGCUCUUGGACAACACAUUGAUCAGACACAUUUUGACUUUUCUCUGACGACUUUGACAUCUUCUGCUAAUUACAUUUAGCUAUUUCUGUCUCCAGCAAGCUUUACAGGCUAUUUCAUUUAUAUUUUGUUCAUUUAAGGUUUGAUAACUGUCAAUUCACCUACUGUAGGUUAGGCUAGCACUACUUGAUCCAUCAGGCUAAAGCCUAAGCUAGUCUAGGCUAGCAUUACAAGAUUGUUGGGUUUGUUUGUUUUUAAAUUGUUGCAGUUUAAUUUGAUCUUUUUAAUGGCGACACCUAAUAACCUCUUUGCUAGUUUCGCCCAGUGGUCUGCACAGCUGGCCUGUGGGAGCUGUUUUCUGUUUUCCAGGGGGCAGGAGGAGACUGUCGAGAUUGGCACCCAGAUGGACUGGGAAACAGCUGAGGCUUCGACCCAAGCCGGCUGGGAAACGGCUGACGCUGGGACCCAUGUACCGUGGGAAACAGCAGAGGCUUCGACCCAAGCUGGCUGGGAAACGGCUGAUGCUGGGACCCAGUCCAAAUGGGAAACGGUGGAGGCUGGCAUCCAGGCAGAGUGUCAGAGGGCUGAGGCUGGUGUCCAGGCGGUACAGGAGACGGCUGUCUCUGCAACCCAGGCUGUGUGGGAGAUCGCGGAGGUGGGAACUCAGCCGGACUGGAAAGACGGAUUCAUCCAUGUGGACCCUGUCACACCCCAGCUGGUCACUCUGGAUGGUGUGGAUGGACAGCAGCAGCCAUCUGGGUGGGACGUCCAGACCCUGCUUCGUUACACCAUGGUGUACAGAUCGUCCACCCUGUUCUCCCGCGGUCCUGCGAUGGUCGGAGAGAGGCGGUGCUCAGGGGAGACAGUGGAGGGAUCACUGAGGACGCAGUUCUGGUUCACCGCUGAUGAGAACUUUGUGGUUGAUGCAGAGGGCAACCGUGACACCUACACCACCAUUGAUGCUGCAACCAUCAUCGAUUGGCGCUGUGGUGAGCUCGUCCGUGCAGUGUCUUACCAUGAGCAAGAGUCCAAGUUGUUGGUUCUCAUGGAUGGAGUUCCGGUCAUCCAGACAUCCAGGACCUACAAGCGGGUGAACAUGUCUGCCAACGGAUCACUGGUGAGCUCAGAGAGGUCCGAAACCACCUCCGUCCCUGCCCCUGUGGUGGUCCCUGACCCGUCUGCUGAUGGUGCUGCUGACGCCUCUGGUCCCACUGACUCACCUGGUGCUGACGCCUCAGCUGCUGCUGCUGCUGACGACACUCAGAGCUCUGCCCAGGGAUCAGAGGACAGCUGCCUCCUGCCUGAGGCUCGGGAGGUGCCCUCACUCUUCAACUUCUUCCAGUCGAGGAGACUGGAGGACUUCUCGACCAAACUGACAGCCCUCAGGCAGGCCUUCACCAUCCUGCUCAGCGACGACCAGCAGUGCAACUACGCCAGCGUUGCUGUGAGGAUGAUCCUGCGCAACCUGGCUACGCUGAAUGGGAGGGAUGCGGAUCUCUUUCAGCGGGCCUUUGAUGACCUGGUGGCCUACGUCCAGAACCCAGAGAAUGCCCUGAGCAUUCAGGUGGAGCUUCUGGAGGCGAGGAUCCACCACAUCACUGUCCUUGACAUUGUGUUCGAGCUGGUGUUGUUUGGCAUGCUUGAUGUGGCUCGACCCCAGCUGGUCCCUCGGGUGCAGGGUGGGUUCCUGGACCAACUGCUUGCAGUGGUUCAUGCCUUCCUGCCCUUUGAGGCCUGUUCACCAGCUGCACAUCAAUAUUGGCAGAUGCUGCAGGCGGACGUCCGGGCCUUCCUGGAGGAGGUCUUCUCUCUGGACCUCAGUGUCUACAGCCGUCUCCAGGCCCUUGCCGACGGGCUCUUCAGCUGUCUGGAGCAGCGGGUGGACCAGCUGCUGAGCACGCUCCCAUCGCCCUAAUAUCCUUUUUAAUACUCUCGAUAAAAUUACAACAAAAUAAUAUAAUACAGUAAUAUAUUACAAAGUAGUGUCUUAACACCUACCCUCUAUGCCCCCCCCCCCCCUCUCUCCUUACAGAUGCUACCUGUUGCAGUUUAGUUGGGGCCUACUAGUACCUUCCUGAGGACGAAGUACAUCCAAGGACACCUGGAGGAUCUGAAGACUCCUGGAGACAUCUGAGGACACGACACCUGGACAUCUGAGGACACGACACCUGGACAUCUGAGGAUGUUAACUUGCCACACCAUGCCCUGGACCUGGACACACCAUGCAGAAUGUCUCAGAUGUGCACACGCACACGCGCGUACACGUACACACACACACGUACACACACACGUACACGUACACACACACACACACACACACACACACACACACACACACACACACAUAUACGCUCAGACUCUCGCACACACACUGCACACUCACCGCACACACUUUAAUAACUGCAUACUUUUUUUCUCUUUUUUUCAAUAAAUCAGUCAUAUUGAA